GCAGCACACUUAUUGUAAGAAGAUUAUCUCGAUCCGAGACAACACCAUGGGUUCGACACGACAAGAUGACGACGCCACGUUUGUCAGGCGGAUCCACCACAGUACGCCUGCGCUGUGGUUCUUCCGAGGCUGCUGGAUAGCAUCAUUCCUGAUUUACGCGCUGCGCAGAGACUUGGUCCAAUAUUGGGUGGAACGGUCUUGGGAGUAUUUGUAUUCCAGCUGGCUUUUCAACUGUGUCUACUUCGAGACAUGGUGGACAACGUUAAUCUACACGUUCAACCUUGCCUUCGCGAGGUUCUUUGCAGAAGUGAGGUACUUUGAUCGUUUCAAGAUAAAUCCCAGUGCUAAAUGCUUGGAGACGGAUAUCUGGCGAAUGCUCUUAGAGGCUGUUGAAUACUGCACUCCUCUCAUGCUUUUGGACACUUUCAUGGUAAAAAAAUACAAAGGAGUUGGAAUCGAUCCGAAAAUAUGGGCAGAAAAACGACAAUCUAUAGUCCAGGAAUCGCGCGUUCUGCCGCGUGAUCCACCUCAGGUCGAGGCUAUCGUCUGCCACAUUAUCCUUGCCGUCCUCAUAUACGACGCCAUCUUUUACGUUAUUCAUUUCCUGAUCCACAGGAAUAUGUGGCUGUACAAGUGGGUCCAUGCAGCUCAUCACACUCACGGAGUCCUCAAUACAAGGAUCACCAAUCUUCUGUCCGUCCCCGAACGAAUCAUUUUGGUCCUCAGCGCAAACGAGGCUUUGAAAACGGUCUCCGCCCAUCCACUGACCAGAUUUCUGUUUGUACCAGUGUUUGUAGGACUUCUUUGCGAGAAUCAUUGCGGCUAUGAUUUCCCCUGGAGUUAUGAUAAACUUCUACCAAAAGGCGUUGCUGGAGGAGCGUAUCUACAUUAUAAGCAUCACAUGAACGGUUGCAGACACUACCAACCUUUCCUCACAUAUCUUGACGAACUCUUCACCGGAGGAAAACCGAAGAAAAAGAAAGCAUCUUAAUUGCAGUGUUUACGUCCUUUUCCCGCACACCCGAUCACCAAAGACAGAUCCUACAUUACACUUGUUUUUAGUAAGUUCUUGGAGAAAUAUCAAGAAGAAUUCCCAGUCAUAGGUAAUGCACUGGAAUGUAACACUAACGGCAAGAAUUGGCUGUUGUUUCGGAAGUCAUGGAAGUUGACAAAAAAGUGAACAUAACCUUGACAAUAUCUGUCAUUGGUCCGCAUAUCGCAUCUUCACCUCAAUGUAUUGACCUUGCUAAGUUUACAGACUACGCACGUCUAAUAUGGGCGGAGGUAACGGAGGCAAUACCGCUGGGUGUGCAGUAUGGCCUAUCGGAGAAGGAACGAUAUCUUCAGUACUCAUGCGUUCGUUUCGUAUUUCAAAGAAACACUAAAACGGCAUAACAAUGCAAUAACAACCGUCCUCACUCACUCACUUAAUUAACUUUGCAAUGUAUUGGGUUUCAUAAUAAGAGUGUGUAUUUGUGUAAUCAACUUCACAACAGGUACUCAUUUAUUUGUUUUAACUUUACUUUACUUUAACUUUA